AAAGUCUCAAACCCUAAUCUAACCCUUCUCGUUUCCUUCUCAAAGAAUUUUUUUUAUUCCUCUGUUGGUUAAUCUUCAAAGAAGACAAUUUGGUUAUCCAAAACCAUGGAAACAACAGCUCAAGGAAGGAUAAGGCUUACCAAGGAAGGAGAGUUACACACUGAGGGAAGCAGUAGCGACCGAAUCAGUAAUCUUCCGGAAGAAGUAUUGCAUCACAUAAUCUCUUUUCUACCCAUCCAGUCCAUCGCACAAACAAGUAUUUUAUCAAAAAGGUGGAGUCAUCUAUGGGCAUCCCUUCCUAUCCUAGACUUCUCAGAUUUAAAACAACGAGAAGUGGAAUUCGUAAACACAGUACUGAGGCACCGUGAUGAAAACUCCAAUAUAAAGGUUUUUAGGGUUAAAGGUGAUCUGAGUUCUUCUUGUUUGUAUAAUUGUAUUGAUCAGGCGGUGAAGUAUAGAGUUGAAAAACUUAAACUUGAUGUCUCUUUAACUGACAAGUAUUUUUUCGGUGACAAAUCUGGUUUGCUAAGGUUGUUUAACUGUGAUUCAUUGAGGAGUCUCAAAUUGGCAGCCAGAUAUAGUUCAUAUGCUUGGCAAAGACCACUUUCAAGCCAACAGUUCCCGAUUUCAUUAUCUUAUUAUGUUGUGGCUACCAUUGGUGUGCACGCACUUCGCACAUUGUGUCUAACUAGUAUGAAGUUUCUGGACAGUACUUCGGAGCUGGAUUUAUUCUCUGCUUCUUCUUUCCCUUCUCUUGAGAAAUUACGUUUAGAAAAUUGUAUUGGCAUCACUCAUCUCAAAAUUACUUGUCCAAAGAUCAAAGAUGUACACAUUGUCAGAAUGUUUCUCAAGUGCCUGGACAUUUCGGGAAUGAGACUGGAGAGUUUGGAAAUCACACAUGCUUUCGAAGGAUACCUUCAAGGAAGUCGGGUCAACAUUUUAGCCCCAAAUCUACAAAGUUUCUAUUGGGGGUCAAUCUCUAGUACUGAGGAAAGCUCAAUCACCAGCUUUCCCACCCUAAAAACAUGUCACCUAGUUUGUUCGCAGGCAACAAUGGAUAUGAGCAUGGCACAGACAGCAAUUGUUAUGAGCAUGGCGAAAACAAUAGUCAAUCUUCUUUGCAGUUCUUCGCAGGUCCAAAACCUUUGCAUUGUUGAUGGCUAUCUCCGGAUUUUAUCCAGAAUUGAUUUUGAAGGCGGUUUACCAUACUCAUUUAUGGAACUCAAGACGUUGCAAAUUUUCGUUGAUUGUUUGAACAAAGCAGUCAUCCCAGGUUUAGCAUGCCUAUUCAAGACUUCUCGUAUACUUCAUACUCUCAGUAUUUACAUAUGGCACAGAGUUCUGGUAAAUGAUUCAACUAACUGGCAAAAAUUUUUGUUGGACGAUGUGGAUUGCACCGAAGAGCGAUACUGGGAAAAUGAAGCUCAGAAUAUGAGUCACUUCCUACGUCACUUAAAGGUGGUGAACAUUCAUCAUUACCCCUAUGUGAUCGACGAAAAUGUGAUUACGUUUGCAAAGUUUUUGCUUCAACAUGGAGAGGGCUUGCAAGAAAUGCUUUUUAAUGUACGAGACUCGAAAGGUUGGGAGGAUAAAAUCAGUUUGCUGAAGGAGUUGCCCUGGGCAAAUGGUGAUGUCAAAAUCUCAUUUUCUGUAAGUGGUGCUAAUUUUCCAGAUACUUAUGACAGAGUAAGGGUCAAUUACUACGAGUAAGGUUCAAUUAGUUUUGCUUUUCCAUGACUUAAGGUUCGGAUUGAAUGUAAAAUUAUUCAGUAUCAACUUUUUAGUUUUGAGUUGGACAAUAUUUCAA